AUGGUCCAGCUCGCCUUGAAGAAAUUUGAGCCGUAUCUAUCUGAUCCUGGAGCCCAAAUAUUGCCAAUGUCGAAGACGGCUCCACCAGAGCACAUCCCCCACUUGUGCCCAGCAAGCUCUCGAAAUGUGAUACGAGCAGCGAAUGAAAUGUCGUUCCCUACCGUGCGGCACAAACGGUUUUUACCAUUCUAUUGGGCGGGUGAAAUCUGCACCGGAGGCAUCCCCGUCUUGGAUGCAUCGCAGGCAGUGCCGAAGGGGCUGCACGGCGUCUCCGGCGGCGUCGGAAGCAUCCUGCGACGCCUUCGGCACCGAAGGCGUCGCGGGACGCCUCCUGCGACACCGAAGACACUGCAUGUUCGCCGCCGCCCAUAUGUAGUCACCUCCUUCCAUUAUGUGUCUCUACUUAGCGCGUCCAUGUGUUGUAUAUUCUGUUGUGCGCUAAAUUGUGUGUUGCCUUUGCUCUGCUACGCACUGCACGGUCGUUGCCUCCGCUCUACUGUGCACUGGUUUGGGGUUGUCUCCUCUCUAUUGUUCACUGGCAUGUGUGGGCAUGGAGCCACUUCCUUCGCUCUGUGUGCUACUGCCUCCACUCUUUGCAUCACUACCCCUGCCCUGCAUGCCAUCGUCUCUGCUCUCUGCACGCUGGCGUUGAGGCAACAUCUUUGCAUUCUAGCAGCUGACAUGCAGCGGUUUGCCAGACCUGAAAGACUGAUGAAUGGACCUACAGUAACUCAUUUUUGGUGUAUAUUGAAGUUGCUUGAUGUUUUAGUGCAGCUUGAUCAUCUUAAGAAUGCAAAAGCUAGCAUUCCCAAUGAUUUCUCAUGGUACAAGAGAACAUUUACUCAAGUAAGCAUCCAGUGGCAAGAUACUGAUUCUAUGAGAGAGGAACUAGAUGAUCUCCAGAUUUUCCUGAGUACAAGAUGGGCUAUUCUAUUGAACCUGCAUGCUGAGAUGUUCCGAACAAACACAAGAUAUUUUACAGUUCUUGUGGUCUUAGCAUCCUCAUCUGAUAAAGAGAGCGAGUCAAUGUAUAAGAGGAUAAAGAUAAAUCGGCUUCUUAACAUCUUCAAGAAUGAUCCUGUUAUUCCAGCAUUUCCGGAUCUUCACCUUUCACCAGCUGCUAUAAUGAAGGAAUUGUCAAUGUAUUUUCAAAAUUUUUCAAGUCAAAAUCGUCUUCUCACUCUUUCAGGACCCCAUGAAAUUACCCCUCGCGAGCUGCAAGAUUACCAGAGGCGUUAUUUGAUUGUGAACCACAUUGGUACUAUUCGUGCAGAGCAUGAUGAUUUCUCCAUUCGUUUUGCUUCUGCAUUAAAUCAGAUUGUUGUGCUCCAGUCAAUUGGUACCACUGACAGUGAUUGGUCCAGAGAAGUCAAAGGAAAUAUGUAUGAUUUGGUUGUUGAAGGUUUUCAACUUCUCAGUCGGUGGACUGGGCGGGUAUGGGAACAAUGUGCUUGGAAGUUCUCUAGGCCUUGCAAGGAACCUGCUUCAAUAAGUUCUCAUCAAAAUUCCACUACAUUUUUUGACUAUGAGAAGGUUGUACGUUGGAAUUAUACAUCUGAUGAACGAAAAGCUUUGUUAGAGCUUGUUGGCUUUAUAAAGAGUGUCGGCUUGAUGAUGGAACGAUGUGAUACAUUAGUUGCAGAUGCUUUAUGGGAAACAAUUCAUGCAGAAGUGCAAGAUUUUGUGCAGGAUAGGCUAGACACAAUGUUGCGAACAACAUUUCGAAAAAAGAAAGAUUUGUCCAGGAUUCUUUCUGAUAUGCGUACCCUAGCUGCAGACUGGAUGGCAAACACUAGUAGAGGUGACCCUGAAUUGCGUUCAUUGCCACAAGAAAAUGAGGAAAUAAAGCAAGUUGCAUUUUAUCCAAGGCCAGUUGCUCCAACUACUGCUCAGGUACACUGCUUGCAAUUUUUAAUUUGUGAGCUUGUAUCUGGUGGGAAUUUAAGAAAGCCUGGAGGUCUAUUUGGAAAUAGUGGUUCUGGGGUCUCAGUUGAAGACCUCAAGCAGUUGGAAACAUUCUUCUACAAGCUAGGCUUUUUUCUUCAUAUUAUUGAUUAUAAAGCAACAUUAUGUACAUUGACAGACCUUGGGUUCCUUUGGUUUAGAGAAUUUUAUUUGGAAUCUUCUCGAGUAAUUCAGUUUCCAAUUGAAUGCUCGCUUCCUUGGAUGCUUGUGGAACAUGUGAUUGAGUCCCAAGAUGCUGGACUUUUUCAAAGUAUUCUGAUGCCAUUUGAUAUCUACAAUGAUUCUGCUCAACAUGCACUAGCAGUGCUUAAACAGCGAUUUCUUUAUGAUGAAAUUGAAGCUGAGGUUGAUCUUUGUUUUGAUCAACUUGUUUACAAGCUUCAUGAGAUUAUAUUUUCAUAUUACAAAAGUUUUGCAGCAAGUGCCUUACUUGAUCAAUCCUUUGUCACAGUGUGUGAUGAUGCUGAUAAAUAUUCUACUAAACCUAUGAGAUUUAAUGAGAUUCUGAAUUUGAGGAGAAUCAAGGCAUUGGGUAGGACCAUAAACCUGAGAAGUUUGAUUACUCAGAGGAUGAACAGAUUGUUCCGAGAGAACAUUGAUUUUCUCUUUGAUCGUUUUGAGAGUCAGGAUCUUUGUGCAGUCGUGGAAUUGCAGAAGCUCUUGGAUGUCUUGAAGCUUACCCAUCAAUUGCUUUCUGAAGUUCUUGAAUUAGAUUCAUUCACUAUGAUGCUGAAUGAGAUGCAAGAAUCUCUCUCUCUUGUUUCCUUCUCUAGUCGCCUCUCUUCACAGAUUUGGGCUGAGAUGCAGAAUGACUUUUUGCCCAAUUACAUUCUCUGUAACACUACACAGAGAUUCAUCCGUUCUUCUACAGGAGCACAACAAGAUUCUGAAAAAGCAACUAUUCCAGCUGAAAAACCUUACUUAUAUUGUGGUUCUCAGGAUUUGAACUUGGCAUAUCAAAGCUUAGUGGCUCUGUAUUCUGAGUUCUUUGGGAUUCCUCAUAUGUUUGCUAUUGUCCAACUUCUUGGACCUAGAUCAUUGCCGUGGAUUCUUAGAGCUGUGUUGGACCAUAUAUCAAGUAAGAUCACAGCAAUUGCACCAAGAUUAGCUGGCUUGCAAGAAGCCUUACCAAAGUCUAUCAGCCUGCUGUCGUUUGAUGGUGGUGUAGUAGGGUGCCAAAAGUUUAUACAUGAGCAGCUUACUUGGGGUGCAAGAUCAGAACUUAAAACAGAAGUACUUCAUGGACUGAAAGAAAUUGGAAGUGCAUUGUAUUGGUUGAGCCUUCUUGACAUUGUACUGGUGUUAGGCGAUACGGUGCCUUCAAGAUCGACACUAUACCGGACAUCAACUCAAUGGAAAAUUCCACUUCUCUCUCAGGUGGAAUGCCGGAAACAUCAUCAGAAAAUGCACCGGGAAAGUCUAUGACCACAUCCACUUCUUUAAUUGAUUGG